CAGAGCGCGGUUUCCUGUCCGGGCCCGUUAUGUGAGCGCUCAGCGGCCUUCCGCGCUUUCGGCUCUGGCUGUAGCUGCUGCUGUUGGUGGCACAGCACUUCCAGCGGGUGCUCUCCCUCCUUCGCCGGCUCUCCACGGAGCUAAUAUUACAUCUACAGCGCUGACCUCCCCGAGAAUCACCUCUCCCAGCGUCGCGGGGCAAGAACACAUCUACGGGUCCGUUCGUUUGCUGUCUGUGAACGAGGUUUACAUUAGAGAAUGGCUAUGAGGCAAACUCCGCUCACCUGCUCAGGCCACACCAGACCUGUUGUGGAUCUGGCCUUCAGUGGAAUAACACCUUACGGCUAUUUCCUUAUAAGUGCUUGCAAAGAUGGCAAACCGAUGUUGCGCCAGGGAGACACAGGGGACUGGAUCGGGACGUUCUUGGGUCACAAAGGUGCCGUUUGGGGGGCCACCUUAAAUAAAGAAGCCACUAAGGCAGCUACUGCUGCUGCUGAUUUCUCAGCAAAGGUGUGGGAUGCAGUCACUGGAGAUGAGGUCCUCACCUUGGCGCACAAGCACAUUGUUAAAUGUGUUAACUUCACGCAGGACAGCAACUGCCUUCUGACAGGAGGUAACGAUAAAGUGCUGCGCAUCUAUGACCUCAGCAAACCUGAAGCAGAGCCUCAAGAGAUUUCGGGCCACACCUCAGCCAUCAAGAAAGCUCUGUGGUGUAACGAUGACCAGCAGAUUCUCUCUGCUGCAGAUGACAAAACUAUACGCCUCUGGGACAGAAACACAGGCGAAGCAGUGAAGACUCUCUCAUUUGAAGCAUCGGUCAGCAGCAUGGAGUACAUUCCUGAUGGGGAGAUUCUCGUCAUCACAUACGGAAGGACCAUUGCUUUCUACAAAGCUCACACCUUGGACCUGAUUAAGACCGUUGACGCCCCAGCUUCCAUUCACUCUGCAUCACUGCACCCUGACAAAGACUUCUUCGUGGCUGGAGGAGACGACUUCAAGCUCUACAAAUACGACUACAGCACGAAGGAGGAAAUGGAGUCCUACAAGGGUCACUUUGGGCCCGUGCACUGUGUGCGCUUCAGCCCUGACGGAGAACUGUAUGCCAGCGGUUCUGAGGACGGGACUCUGCGUCUGUGGCAGACGGCCGUGGGGAAAACAUACGGCCUGUGGAAGUGCGUCCUUCCUGAGGAGCUGUCGUCGGAGAACUCGGAUGCGCUGUACUGCCCUCCGGCUGAGAUCAAGGCUUGAGGCGCGGAGAGGGAAGCGGUUAGGUGAGGUCCAGAGAGGGAUGGGGCAGUGAGCCCACGCCCCUGCAGAGUGCUGUGCCACCCAGACUCCAUCUCCCGAAACGGCCUGAGGAGCUGAGCUCAACACGGGGAGUGUGGGGAAUCCACCGAGCACCAGGAGGAAGUAGUAGAGAUGGGAGACCCCCAGCUGCCUACUCUCUCUCUGAUGCUGUUAGAUUUGUUUCAGCUCCUCCACAGCGGUCUGUUUCCACAGCACUGUGAUCACUUUUGUUUUGUUUCGUUUUGUUUCAUUUCUUUUCUUUUUUUUCUCCUUUUUUUUUCUUUCAGAUUCGUAAUUUGUGCUUUUAAACAAAACGUUUUUCAUUAAAGGGAAUACACAGUGCUCACGUUCGGUUAAUGAUAUCUCAGUGGAAGUGAUCCUGAGGAGAAAUGUUAUGUCAAAUGCUGUUCGCAUAUUAUUCACAGUGGUAUCUUGUGGUGUAAUAACACGCGGACCCCCGAGUACCCGGAUACUGGGGCGUUUUGGACUGCAA